GACAGCUGCCACUGCCACUGUAACAAGAUAAUCGAUGUUAUUCUCUUCACCUGUCAUUGGUUUUAAAUUUAAUGCUGAUCAGGGAAUGUGCUACAUGUGAGUUACACCAAAGAGACGGAUUAGAGGUAUUUGUCUCUGGUUUCAUGUGCUGCACAGCAGAUGGGUUUGACCCUGCAGUAGCAUUAAGCAAAGCAGAGAGCUCAGUGAGAAACCAGGAGAGACAGAGAGACAGGCACUGGACUUGAAUAUCAAACCAUCCACACCGGAUAAGUAAAAAGGAGGCUUGAACAAAGCAAACUGGUUUUCUUGUUCUUUCUUUUGAAGCGAGAUAAAGCAGCUUUUAUAUUUUUACAUGAACACCAGUGACAUGAAGUGGCUUCAUUUGGUUGCUCUGCUCCUCUGUGUCUCUACAGGUCUAGUGUGCUGCACAGAAGACGAGACCCGUCUAGUGAAAAAACUCUUCACCGGGUAUAAUAAAGUGGUCAGGCCUGUCAGUCACUUUAAAGAUGCUGUGGUGGUCACCGUAGGACUGCAACUAAUCCAGCUUAUUAGUGUGGAUGAGGUCAACCAAAUUGUCACAACCAACGUACGUCUGAAACAGCAAUGGAAAGAUGUGAAUCUGCAGUGGAACCCAGAGGAAUAUGGAGGAAUAAAAAAGAUCCGAAUUCCAUGCACUGACAUCUGGAGGCCUGACCUCGUUCUCUAUAACAAUGCUGAUGGUGACUUUGCCAUCGUACAUGAGACAAAAGUUCUGCUAGAAUAUACAGGAAUGAUCACCUGGAACCCGCCCGCCAUCUUUAAGAGCUACUGUGAGAUCAUUGUGCUUCACUUCCCCUUUGACUUGCAGAACUGCAGCAUGAAACUCGGAACAUGGACAUUCGAUGGAAAUCUUGUCGCCAUCAACCCUGACAGCGAUCGGCCAGACCUGAGUAACUUUAUGGAGAGUGGUGAGUGGGUGAUGAAAGACUACAGGAGCUGGAAGCACUGGGUUUACUAUGCCUGUUGUCAAGACACUCCAUACCUGGAUAUCACCUACCACUUCCUCUUGCUGAGACUGCCGCUCUACUUCAUCGUCAAUGUGAUCAUCCCGUGCGUCCUCUUCUCUUUCCUGACUGGCCUGGUCUUCUACCUGCCCACAGACUCAGGUGAGAAGAUGACCCUCAGUAUCUCUGUCCUGUUGUCCCUGACUGUGUUCUUACUGGUGAUUGUGGAGCUCAUUCCUUCUACCUCAAGCGCAGUCCCUCUCAUUGCAAAAUACAUCCUCUUCACUAUGAUCUUCGUCAUUGCUUCCAUCAUCAUCACCGUCAUUGUAAUCAACACACACCACCGCUCACCAAGCACACACACCAUGCCAAACUGGGUUCGCAAGAUUUUUAUUGAGACCAUCCCCAAUUAUAUGUUCUUCUCCGCUAUGAAGAGGCCCAGUGCAGAAAAACAUACUAAAAACAUUUUCAGCCCUGACCUGGAUAUCUCGGAUAUCUCAGGGAAGCCCAUGCCCACUGCGGUGCCUUUCCAGUCGCCCAUAACUAAAAACCCAGAUGUCCGCAAUGCUAUAGAAGGAGUGAAGUACAUCGCAGAGACCAUGAAGUCAGAUGAGGAGUCCAACAAUGCCUGUGAUGAGUGGAAGUUUGUUGCAAUGGUUCUGGACCACAUUUUGCUCUGUGUGUUCAUGGCAGUAUGUGUAAUCGGAACAUUGGCUGUCUUUGCCGGGAGACUCAUUGAGCUCAGUCUUUUGUAACAUGGUUAUGAUAUUACAUGAAUCAUUUUAAUUUAAGGCAAAAUGAAACUA